AUGGAGGAAGCACUGGAAAAAAAACUGGUGAUGAAGAGAUUCCUGAGAAAAAAUGAAAAGUUCCAAGAAGGGAAGGGCGCGAAAAAAAGGACAAAUAGAAUAAGAAUGGCCCUGCUAAACAUGAGCGAAAAGGAAGAGAACUUCUUUCUAAUGGAUGUGUACCCCUUAAUGAAGAGUUACAUAAGUGAUUGCGUCCCGUGCUAUUACCUCAAUAGGACGUACAUUUUUCGGAAGAGUAUACUUAACAUUUUCUAUUCCAUGAUAUAUAAAUUUAAAAAAAUAAAAUACAUGAUAGAGAUUUUUGACAUUUGUUUGAAUCUCAUCGUGAAGCAAAAUGAAGAAUACACAAUUAUCUGCAUAAGAAUAAUUACUGAAAUAUGCAAGCUACAUAAGAACGACUUGAUAGUGUUCGAUAUUUACAAAUAUGUGAAUGUUGUUUCUUUGCAUAUUUUGGAGGCUUUUUACAAGAGGCUAGUUGGUAAGGUUAAAAGAGGGAAGUUUCUAAAGUCAGCAAUAAAUGUGUAUAGGAAAAGGCACAAAAAUGGUAGGUGCGUGCGAAGCAGUGGGGAUUCCCUAAAAGUAGUUAGAGAAAUAAUUUUCUCAAAUUAUGUUUUGAUGAACUUAUAUCCGCAUUUGAUAAAGAGUAAUGAAAAUUACAUAAAAAUUUUGUGCAAAAUUUUGUCCCUCAUAAAUGUAUGGGAUUUUAAGUAUUCCAGGUCGUUCUACAUAGAAUAUAUUAACUGCUUAAGAGAUCGGAUUUGUAGAACAUCGUACAGUUACCAUUUUUGGGAUAAUCAUUUGUCCGUGGGGGAAAACGCCCUCCGGUGGUGCGAUCGUCGUGGGAAUGUUUUAUAUCCGCGUAAAUUGAAAAGGCUUUACAGCUAUUUGAUUGAGGAUAGGACCGCUUUGGAGAGGAAAUCCACCAGGGGGAAUUCCCAAUUUUGCCAAAGGGGGGAAACACAUGUGUGCAAUUUUGAUAAGAGUAACCCGCAGGAUAAAGUUCCAUCGAAUUGUGAAGAUGCAAAUUCUAAACAUUUUGGUGUAAAGAAAGGGAAGAAGCGUUCCUGCGAUGCGCCAACAAGUAAUACGCAGAAGGUUCGUGUGAGUAGCACCUUUGACGGAAACUCCAUAAACCGCUGCGAUUUCAAUGAGCCUAUCGUUUACCCCCUGAAUGAUAAAUACGGGGACGAAUUAGGAGCCCCAUUUUGUGAUACCCGCAGUGUGUUCCAUCGAAAUGAAUUAAAAACAGCGAAGAAGCAAUUUUACAAAAAUGUGAAUUACAACAAUUACGAGAUUGAUUUGUCGAAGGUAUCCGAACUGUGGAAUCUAAAAAAUUUGGUCGUGUACAUGCUAAUAUACUUUCUAAGGAUGGAUAGCAUGAAUAAGUAUUUUCAUCUUAAAGAAUUUCUUAUAGAAAAAAUUCUUCAAUUUUUGAAAUAUGACACAAAGCAUAGCAUUGAAGAGGGAAAAAUAUUCAUCGAACAUAUUCGAUUACUGUUACAUGACAGUUUUAAGGAGAAUAUGAAGCAUUAUUUGGCACUUUUUCUAAAUCCAAAUACGUAUAGAAAUUUUUUAACUUACAAAAAUAAUGGAAACUUAAAUGAACAGGUGUUUAUCCUAAUACAUGACAUUUUCCACUACUUUAAGGAUAAGCCUAUGUGGAAUUAUAAAAUUAUUAAUAGUUGCAUAUAUGCCUACUCCCUGGUCAUUAUGAGUAAGAACGGCUAUAUCUUCAUUCAGAAAGUGUGUGUAAAGUUGCUGGUGUAUAUAAUUGAAAUUUUAUUUGCCAUGAAGAAAAAAAGUGCAGAGUAUUUUGCCCUCUAUUUUGAUAUUAUAAAUAUUAUGCUGCAGAAAAGCCAUUCGUUGAAGUGCGAAUUGUAUGCACUCUAUGGGAGGGGCUUCCGUUCAAGCAGGGUGGAUGUAAAAAGUGUAAAAAGGGGGACGAAACAGGGAAGAGCCUAUCAUAUUCGUAAGAACAACAAAUUGGCGAAGAAAAAAUUGUGUAAAAAUAAAGAAAAACUAAAGUACGAGUCAGAUCAUCUUUCCAAAUUUGUUUUGUCGCGCAAAUAUUUUCUACAGAAUUGGAUGAAAAAAGAAGAACAUUUGGAAAGGAUUAAAGCACCUCAUAAAUAUAACAGUCAUAAAAAUGGAACCAAAAAGGAAAAGGGUGCAUUAAAGGAAGCAUUGAUUAAGGAAUACUACAUGUUGGAGGGAACUCACGACUUAUGUGAGCUCCUAAAAGAAUAUAAAUUCUUGUUGUAUGCCAUUUAUGACUGUGUAAGAAGCAACAUAUUUUAUAUUUAUUUGUAUUUUAACAAGGAAGCUAUUAUAUGUAAGCUGGAUGCAGAGAAAAGGAGAAAAAGUAACAUUUCGGAGGAUCAAAGUUGUGACACUUCAAAGCAGGGGUUAAAUAUUACUGCUGAGCAUGUGAGCAGUUAUUUGAACAGGAGGGGUGACAUUUUGGAUAGCUCCACAGGGAAAGAAGCUGCAGUUAGUGUGAAUAGUGCUGCAGUGGGCGGUGUAAACGGAUGUGACGACCCUGCAAGUGGAAAGAAUUCCAAAAAAAACGCUAGUAAGAGGAAAAGGAUUAGAAAGAACAUUAGUGUAAGCAAGCGAAGGCGCCCCAAUCGUCCGAAAAAGCCUAAUCGAAGUGUAAAAAAUGGAAAAUCCAAAAAUGAUGUAAAAAAUGGAGAAUCCAGUAAUGUUGUAGAAAAUGGUAACCCUAAAGGGAGUUCCACGUGUGAAACAAGUAAUGGUAAUAUUGCUUCAAAUUUGGAGGGGGAGGUGAAGAAUGAAAUUGGGCAGUCGCUCAUUGCAGGUGAGUAUACCUGUGAGGCGGAAAAUGGGAAAUUAACAGGUUCCAAGCAUUGGAGAGCUUCUAUCAGGAAUACACCUUUAAAUGUGAAUAUCACCCAACAUGAAGGAAAUAAUUAUAUAGCGUUGAACUAUCUGGAGAAUGAUGAUGACCUCCUUAUUAGUAAUUAUAACUGCAUUGUGAAUAGUGGGGACAUAAUUGGUGAAAUAAAUGGAAGGACUGAAUUGGGAUGUGUUAUGAAGGAUAGUUAUCCACUCACCUACAUAGAUGAAGCAAAUUUGCACAGUUAUAGGAAUAAGUAUAAUAAGGAAAAUGGAAACAAACUGAAUGGCCUUAUAUAUGACUUCCCUGUGGAAAAGGGAAACAGUUCGCACAUUUUAUUCAAUGAUGAUGGCAUUUUAAAUGGUAAUGGAAUCAUUAAGGGGGCACAUUGCAAUUUGGUGAAGGAAACACUUUGGAGUGGGGGGGGAGAUAUAUUUAGCGAAAAAGGGAAGAGCAUAAAAAGUCAAUGCGUCAACCAAAAUGUCGUUAUAGAAGAUGGGAAUAAUCACAAGUGCAAUGUUUCCCAGAAUUACAACCAAGAAAACGCCUUCAGAAUGGGUAAAGUGCAAAGGAAAGGUUCAGAACAGGGAGCCCCCAAUGAAGCCCCCCUUUAUGACAUUUUCGAAGAGAUGUAUGAAAUUUCCAAUUUUGACCUGAUCCAGGCGCAGAACACUUUGUUCAAAUCCUACGAACUGAGUGAAGAUUGGAUAAAAAUAAUACACAAAUUUUUUUACCGCAUGGUGGUAUGCUGCAUAUUAUUCACCUCCUGCUUUUCGCACAUUACGGUUGAAAAAUUGGGAAUAAAAAGUGGAGCUCUCAGGGGGGUUAUCAGAAAGAAGGUAAAGAACGGUAGAUCGCAUGAUCAGAGCGACUUUUCUGAGGAAAAAUACCCCAUUGGUGACUCCUCGUUAAGUGGCACAUGGCGCCCUUACGUCCACAUUAACGUUAACAGCUUAUCCAAGAAGGAUAGAAGAAAAGUGUUCAACUGCAUCAGUUACAUAAAAAAUGAAGAGAAGAAUUUGCUCUACAUGUGUGCGAACAGCAUAAUUUCUCUAAGUGGAAAUGAUUUCCACAUUUUUAUGAAUUAUUCCAUCAAGCCUUUAUUCAAACUAUUGUUUCAGUACCCUCAGAUAUUUUAUAUUUUCCAAGUGCUCGGUGCAGUGAGCAGCACGAGCGUUUUGUUUUGUAAAGUUUGUUUUAGUUAUAUAAUUAAAAAAAUGAAAAAAUUUCCAAGGUUGAAAAAUGACUUCAAACCGCUGCUUUAUUUCAGCAAAAAGGUUAGAAGUAAAUUUGCUGCAGAUUUGUACAAGUGCAAACUACUCUACAAGCUGCAGUCACCCUAUGAUUGUUUGUUGGAUCGAAGCCACUGUGACACCUUCCAGAUUGGGAAGGAUUGUUCACAUAAUUUGUCCCUCAGUAAAGGGAAAAAUGGGCCACAUGGUGAGAGUGCUAAAAAUGGGCGGGGCGUAGCGAAUGUGUCACUCCUCACAUGCAGUAGCAAAAAUGGAAGCGGUGCAAUUGCGAAGGGGAAAAAAGGAAAAGGAUAUAGUGCAUUACGCACACGUGGAAUUCAGGUGGAUUAUUUCGAUUUUUCCAUUUUGGAAGAAUAUGAGAAUGGAAGCAAUGGCGAGGAUUAUCAUGAACUGAACGAUAUGAAGUCGGUUCUGAUGAAGGAUGCAAAUUUUUUUAGAGAAUUAACAUACCACAAUGAUGUGCAUACGCUUCCAGUGUUGAGUGACGGCACUGUGAGCGCAACAAGGAUGGAGAAAUUUUCUGACCAGAAGUGGGAAAAAAAGAAGCACUACUUUGUUCAUGAGGUGGAAGUUCGAGAUAUUAUAAAUCCUGCCAACUUUGUUUCACCGCGUGUUCUUAAGUUUGCAAAGGUGAGGAGAAGGGAGAAGAACGCAGCAGAAAGAUACGCCAUUUCUGCUGACGGUGCAAAGGACAUAAUUUUGAAUAGACCAAUUUUAAAAAAUUCCAUGUCGCAUGAAGGUCGGCAGGGGAUUUAUUCACCUAUCAGGAGUAAGUCCCCACCGGGUAAUUGUACACUCAGAGGGGAUGUGCUAAACGAUUCGCAAUUCUCUCAUGGGAUUUUUUCAAACAAGGGGAAAAGUAAAAGGGCAAAGAGGAAAAAGCGUAAGUUGUGUGAUACAUUUAUAAGGACCAACGACUACGUAAUGGGCUAUAAUACAUUCUCCAUGAAUAACACCUUUAACAGCUAUAUGUCAUAUAAGGACCUAAUCAUUAAGGUGACCCACUUUCUUUUGAAGGUGUUGAAAUACUACUCACAUAUUUACGAGCAUUUUUUAAGUGAACUAAAAACCAUUUCUGAGAUUUGUUUGGACAUAAUAUUGAAAGAUAGUAAGUGCAUUAAAGUGGUUCAUUUGGUAAAAUGCCUUCUGGAGACCAUCUGUUUUGUAAAUUGCGCCAACGAAUUGAAGGGGAAUAGGGAGAAUGGAACUGGUGUGAAUUUUGCACUGAAUAAAAUUCCUUUUCGGGAUAAUUUGAUCUACAUGAAGUGCAUGAAAUAUAUCAGUUCGAGUAGUGAGGCGAAUUACGAGGGGAGCAAAUAUGGAGGUGGAAAUGACGGUAUAAUGGAGGACUUUUUGAAGAAGGAAAACUCAGUGCAGUGCGUUGCAAAUGAGGGAAGCUGUCUUCUCAGUGGGAAGGAGAAUAAGAAUGCGUGUGGCAAUGCCUUCGAAAAGGGGCAUGUGGGUAGUGGGGAAGUCACUGCCAAGAACGAAGCGUUCCGUAGUAAGGGCAGAGGCAAUAGCGACGCGUACCACGAUGCCCCCGGGAAGGCGACGGAAGCAAAUGCAAAUGUAGAUGGGGCGAAUAAGGCGAAUGACAUAAUUGUGAACGUCCUAAAUUGGUUAGAAAAUGUGUACCUGGAUUUUCCCAAGUUGUACAAAAUGGUAUUGUGCGAAAUGUGCCUGCAGCUUCCAAUCAGUUAUUUCACGAAUGAGAGGUUUCACCUUUACAUGAAAUCGUUGCUAGUCUGUUUGGGCUCCAAAAAUAUGAACAGAAUAAGGGUUGCGCUGAAAUCGAUGGAAGAAAAUAUAUGCAUGGGGAAUAACAGCCUUAUCAAGGGUAGUAUUUCCUCUUCCUUUUAUUUUAAGAAUAAAGAUGGAAUAACGUCGUGUAUUCUGACCCAUUUGAUGAAAUUUUUGAGAAAAAAAAUUUCCUUCCAGUUCAACUUUAACAAAAUUUACCAACAGAAGUAUUUUCUGAAUGAUUUGUUCAGGAACACUGCAGAUAUUACCCUCCUCCAAAUGGGGGUCAUCUACACAGAGAAGGUUCUCUCGGAGCAGGAGGUAAAUAAAUAUAUGAAAAAAGUGUACAUGGAAAAUUUAUUCAUUAUUUUAAAAUUAUACUGCAAAUUUUGUGACGAUAAUGAAGGAAUGAAUAAUUACUACUUCCAUUUGAAUGACAAAAGGAGCGUAAUUUCACAUUUCAGAAUAGGUUUUUUCUUGAAGAAGCAAAUAAAGCAGUGCAAGAGGAAGAGGUGCAUUCAAGAAGUGCAAGGUGACACCAUAAAGGGGAAAUCGUUAAUGAUUAAGGAUGAAAAGGCAUUAAAAGAGGGACCAAUUUCCACUAUAAAGAAUCAACUUGUAGGGGUGAAUGAGAACCCCCAUCUAAAUAGCAAGAAAUCCUCCUUCCUUGACAAUAGCAAUGUUGGUGGUAGUUGCAAAACCUCGGAUAGGAACAAAAGGAGAAGAAAAAACAUUCCACUGAAGAAUGAGGAUAAAUGUGAAGGGGGAAACAUUGAAAUUAACGUUUCGAAGGAUCGAGUGGAUCCGGUUAAUAACAAAAGUGUUGAAGCGAAUGUGCCUAGGAGGAGAAGUAAAAGAUCCGUAUGUAGAAGGAAAACAAGUAGCAUAGUGAACGAAGUAGAGGAAGAGAAAAAAUGCAACGACAAACAAAAUGGACCCCCCCCAAUUUGUAAUGACAACACUAUUAAAGAGAUCAAAAGUAAUAAUGCAGAACAGAACAAAAAAAUCUGUUCUGUGCAAAAGGAUAGCACAGUAAAUGUGGGCGUUGCACCGGUGAACGAAAAAAAGGAUGAAGCAGAUGGAGGGAAGGUCGACUUGGUGAAAUUACUCAUGAGUGGUAUAACAUCCGAUCAGACCUUCGAAAGUAUUAUACAACACAUCGAUUUGGAAGAGACGCUGAAUUAUUGCUACAAAGUUUUGAAGAAUAACGUGAAGAGCAACAAUGCCAAGUGUUUAUACUAUUAUAAACAGCCUAUGAUAAAUACGCACAUGAGAAGCAAACUUUGCGUUAGGAAGAAAGCUAGCAUAUGUGUUAGGAAAAAAAAGAAGAGAGAAAAAUUUAGCCUCUUUAAUUUUCACGAGCUAGAAAAUGUGAGGAAGAGAAAAAUGAGAGAGCAAGAUGAGGUCGCUACAGAUAAAAGGUCGAACAAGAAAGUGAGGGUUAACAGUUCGCCAAGUGAGAGGAAUGACAAAUCGGUGCAUUCUAAAUGCAUCAGUGGAAAUGAUCAUUUAAGCGCCACUACCCAGGUGAAACAACCCGUUUUUAAAAACACAAAGGAUAUUGGGGUAACACAGGAGGGUGCUCUACGGAACAGUUUGACACGUAAAAUACAGGGCAUUCCCCAUGACGGUGCAAAUUGCACAAAAAAAAAAGUUACCUGUUCUGCUAGUAGAAAUAACCUAUUCUUCACAGAAAACACAACUUUCAAGGCAUAUAAACGAUUUAUCGACAAUGGGGAAGCAGCAUAUUUUGAUAGAAGUGACCUCUGCUAUUAUUGCAUUUUGAAGGAGCAGCGAAUUAACUGCUACCGGGUAGUUCUUACCAUUUUUAUUUUCAUUUUUAAUCACUCAAAAUGUAUUUCGGAUUUUUACCACCAUAUGAUUAGAAUUGGUUCUCAAAAUGUGGAAUUCAAGAAAAGCAUCAGGAAUGACCCUGUUGGAGGUAACACCCAGAAUGGGUUAGGUGCAGUGAAAGCAGAUAAGGUUAAUCAAUAUGGCGGCACGGUUGAUAAAAAGGGGAAAGGAUCCCCUAAACGUUUUAGCAGCACUGUGGGUGAGGAACAAUCCGCUAGUAAGAAUGUAAAGAAUAAUGCGCAUCGAAAAAAAGGGAAGAAUAAGUUCUUUUUCGAAACGUGCAAAUGUAGGAAGAAUUUACACAAGUAUUCCUUUAUGUACAACGAUAAAAACGUGUUUAUAAAAAAAUUGAUGUACUGUUUUUUAAUCAUGUUAGUGGAAAUAAAUGAGAAAGGAAAAAGUGACGAUGGUGGAAUGGAGGCACAGGGGGGAAAUGCCAAAAUGAAGGGAAAGACUGAAAGCAACUGCGGAAUGAUAUGCAGUGACGAACUGUGGAAGGGGAAAUUGAAAGAAAUAGUUAAAAACGUUGUUAGAAGAAUUGGGCUGAUCCUUUCGAGCAGAUUUAUUCUUACCAGAAAGGAGAAACUCAUCUAUGUAGCAAGCCACAACAGUGAGAUUGAUGUGGCAUCGUUCAUAUUUACCUUCUGCGAUUUGAUCGAUUACCAUCCUCGUUUUUUACAAAUGACCAUUGAGGGAUUGAACUUUAUAGAAAAAAUAUUAAAAACUAUAUUAAAUGUGCAACCGGUUAAGAUUAAGGUAGGCAUUAAAAGCACCUUCUUCUUUAAUUUGUGCGCCUGCAUCUGUAACCUAUGUAAUGCCGUCAAAGUGAAGAAAAAAAUAUUCGGAUUAUUACUUCUGUUGAGAGUAAGCCGAAUUUUGCCACCAUACUGGAUCAGAUUCAACGUAUAUAACAUUGUACGGGCAUUACUAGCGUGUCAUGAAAAGACCCAUUUAAAAUAUGUGAGCAUUGUUGAGUUGUUAGUAGAGGAAUGCUUUGCGCUAGUUAUUUCGUCCCUAUUUACAGGUUACGUGGGGGAAAUUAACACGUACAUUUUGAAUAACUUUCGGGGCGUAGAUAAUUCCUUUGUGUAUGAUAUAAGCAAUAUACGUGGUGUAAAUGCUAGUGUUGAUGAAAAGACCCUCAGGGAUGUCGAACGUAUUGGGAACAGUGCAAUUGGUAAAAUAAGAAGCAGCGUGGAAAUGAUCAGAUCCUUUUGGGGGCUAAAUAAUAAAGAAGUGAAUCAUAUUGAUCACUCGAAUGUGGAACAUGCCAAAAAUGUGAGGAAAAAACGACGUUGCAAAGGUAAACCCUUUUGGUAUAUGCCCGAUGAAGUGUAUACAUGGGAUAUUCUAUCGUCAAAGGGAAAAAACAGGAGAAGUGAUAAUGAAGUGAAGAAAAUGAAUAAAAUUUUGGUUAAUAUACUAAAAAUACUUAUAAACAAGUUAAGUAAAAAAGAACAGGACAGACAUUUUAUAAAAAGGGCCUUCAUUAUUAUCACAAAAGUAUUGAGAACAGAUACCCGGGAAUUGCUAACAUAUAAGUAUUCACCUAAAAGCAAUUUAUGCAUUCAGGACAUUUUUAUGAAGCAUUUUUCUAUAUCGAAUUUUGCCAAGUCAUCCUUGAAACGUAAAAUUACGUACCUAGAUUUUUUCUGUUUUUUUUUAAGUCAGAAACCGUAUAUUAAAUUUGACUUGCACGUUGUGAUAAAUUUGAUAGAAACUGUUGUUAACAUUAUAGGGUAUAUAGAAAAGAGUGAUGAGGAAAACCGGAUUUUUAAUUACAUUUUAAAUGGAAAUGUUCAUCGUUCCUGUUCAAAGGAUGGCGUAAAUUGUGACCUUUAUGAGAGAACAAAUCUGAGUUUCCUUUAUGAGAAGAAGCCAAACCAUAGCGUGGAUCAGACGCAUCACGAGUGGAAAAGUCAGAACAAGAAUCAUUUAGGGGAAAACGGCGGGGAGGUAUACAAUUGUGGAACAAACAACGGUUAUUAUGUUAACCAUUCCAAUGUAGGUAACAACUGGCAGAUUUCUUCUAAUCAAAAUGGAGCUGAAAGCGAAAAUGUUGUCGAUAAUACAAAUUUGAACGAUGAGUUAGCUUUUUUGCAAAGCACUGUGCCUAAUGGGUAUGGUAGCAAGCUGAACAACCCGAAAAAUAAGGAUCUGCAAAAUUUGUAUGAAAAAAUUAAGAAAAAAAAUAGAGACUACUCCAUUUUGUAUAGUAAGGAUUGUGCCACAAAAGUGGAAAACAAGAAUGAAGAGCAAAAUAAAGAUGUAACCAUUGACGAUAUUGCUAACAAGUGGGAAAAUAACACUAAUAACAUUUCUAGGCGUUUUAAACUUUACGUGGAUGAUAAAAAUGAUGAAAACCUGAAUGGAAUGGAUAAACAGUUGGACUGUGAUUAUGCAACGAGAAGGAAAGGCUCCAACUCGUAUUAUUCUAUUUAUUUUAACAAUAAAAUGACGGUGCAUGAUAAUGACAAGGAUUUUCCUGCAAAACGUGGUAGCCUACAUGGAAAUGAUAAACUGAAUGUGCAAAAUAGAGAUGUGUUGGAUAUGCACUCAGAAGGUUAUAAUUGCCACAUGGGUGCGAACGACAUUGUGGAUAUUAAGUCCGAACGGGGGGAAAGCCUUUUGGUAGAUCAAAAAUGCAGAGGCAGAAGCGGAAGCGCCCUUGUGAGGGGCUCGAUAAAAUAUGGAUUUUCACGCGGCAACACGGGGUGCCCUACUGUUAGUUUGUAUAGCCACAAAAUGGAGAAAGAAGGGGGGGUACUGGAAAAAGGGGCCAAGGAUAGUUGUAGCACCCCCUAUAACGGAGUUAGAAAUAAUCUAUUAGAAGAGGAGGAACAGAAGCGUAAAAAUUGUGUUGUGCGGAACAGUAUCUCCAGUUACAUUUCCACCAACCUUGAGAAGUUUAAGGUGGAAAAUUCGGAAAAGGCAAGUAUCAAUUUUAAGGAUGCGAGAAAUAAUUUGGUUCAAAAAAACAAAUGUUUGUUAAGAAGUCAGAUAAAAAAUUUAAAUGUUUCCAACAGGAAUAUUGGAACUAGUGCUGGAAGGACAUGGAGUGGUAAUGCAAGGGGCAGUUAUGUGAACUGUUAUCAGGAUUUUUAUUUCCAUGGCAAAGAAAGGGAGGAGGAGAAGGACGGGAGCCCGUCUGUCCAUGAGAAUUUUAUAGUGGAGCCUGAGGUUAAUGCUGAUUCGGUUCCUGUUGAGUAUAAAGAGGGAAAUUUGGCGAAGGAAUUUAUUAAGGAAAAGUUUUCGCAAGAUCAUAACUCAAAGGGGGAUUUCGCGCGUGGGAACAUUGAAAAUCAGCACAGUGAGAAUGAAUCCUUUCCGAAGGAGCAUCUAACGAAGCAGCAACUUCUAAAGGAAGAAUAUAAAACGGUUAUUGAGUUUUUUCUCCAUUUCAUGACCUUCGUGAGGAUUUUCUUCAGCCACCAGUUAUACAAAUAUUUGCUCACCACUAUGAAUGCCCAAAUGAAUAAGAGGAGUGUGCAUUUGUACAAUCGGUGCAUUCACAUUUUAGUGAAUUUUUUGUUUAGCAAAGAUAAGGAGUUAUGUAUUAAGGCAGAAGGCACUUUACGCUUUUUGAUUGUUAAUAAUGAGCAUGAUAGGGAGUCGGGCCAGAACGACACCACGGCUAAAAAUUAUGCGAAAAGUGGUGGCAACUGUGUGGAUAAAAUUUCAAACAAAAAUGGCGGUUUCUUAAGCUCUACCAAAAUAAAUAAUGUGAACAAGAAUUUUCCAAACGUAUGGAAAUUAAAUAAAGUCGAUUUGAAAGUGUACUUAAAGUCGAUACUAUGUAAUUUAUCCUAUGCUCUACGAAAUAACGGUUUUGUUUUGAAGAAAAAUUUUAUUAUUGGUCUUAGCAAAAUAUAUUCUUUUUUUCCACAACUAUUUUCUCCUCAUCUGACAGACGGAUUUGUUCAGUAUGUAAAAUAUUGGAAUGGCAAAUGUGGGGAGGAUAAAUUUGUGCUCAAGGAUGUUGAAAAGGUGAUGGAAGUUUUUUCCAGCUUUUUUACCAUAUCUAAAUUAACGUAUGACCAAUUUAAGGAAAUUAUUGAUUUGUUAUUUGGUAUAUUUAGUUGCUCAAAGAUGAGUAGUUCCAUUUCUGUGCCCCAUUUGGGCGAUUUAAACGGAUUGGCGGAAAGUGGAAAACGGGGCAGCGGUGCGUCGACUGGGGAAAAUCAUGCUGCACGUAAUACGAAGGGAAUAUCGAGCAUUCCGCACACCAUCGAUGAAGUGAAUCCCGUUGGUUACUUUGUAGACGUAUGCGUGAAUAAAAAUGCAGUAAUGAGAAUAAAUGCAUUUGAAAAAGAACUACUUGAAUAUUUCAUAACGAAUUGCAAUAACAAUGAGAAUAGCGAAAUGAACACCUUCUUCAUGCGUGCAUUAAGCUUGCUUUGCUCGAAUAACCACGAACAUGCGAUGAAGUACUUUAUCCAGCAGAGACAUAACCAGAAGGUUUUUUCCCAUUUUGUUUCCACGCUAAGGGUUAAGAACCAAGUGGGGUUUAGAAAAUACAUUUGUAAGAAAAUUCCCGCUCUUGUUAAUAUUCUACUAAGAUUUAUUUGCGACUUUAAACAGAAUGAAUACUUGAUGCAUGUGUUUAGCACAUACCUUUUUAGUGUGAACGAGGGGGAUUUACGGGAAGUAAUUUCGUACGAUUGUAGUAGGAUGAAGGAAUAUGCGGAUAGAAAUGUUGACAUUAAUUUUAAGGAAAAUACAUCCCCUCAUUUAAAGAGGGGCGAAUGCAUUGUGGGAAGAACAAAUGGAGAUGCUCAAAGUGGGAAGUACAAUCAGGCAUGUGAACUAAGGUGCAUUCCAAUUAUAAACGUCAAUGAUUUUCUUGUCAACCUUUCCAACGUUAUAAACGUUCUGCAUGCGGUACUGUUGUAUGAACCGUCCUGGAUAUUUGUCAAUUUUUACGAGGACCGAGUUAGGAAGAAUAGAACAAGCCUAAUCGAAGUGUUGUACUUGUGUUUAAUCCAUUUGAUUAGUCAAUACUUAUCUAAGGAGGAUACUAAUUUUUUAACUUUUGUACGUAGCAGAGAAUGCAAAAAGUGCGUUAAGAUAUUGAUUCUGUUUUUUCAUUUUUCGCGUGAUUUGCUAAGGUGCGUAGUGUUAGACUGUUUUCCGCAGCGGAAUUGUGCGGAAAAUAGCGGAGCGCCUAAAACGUCAGUACUAGGCAAGAAUGAUAAGAGGGAUGACAUCCUAUACGACAGUAUGAAGUAUAGUGGUUACCUGUUUUUUCUGAGAACCAAUUUGCUCAUCAUACUGGCGUUUAUCGUAUGUACGAAUAAGGAUGAAGGUUACAGCUAUUUGUACACGUUUUUUAAAAGGUGUACGAAGAAAGGAUUACGAUUUAGGGAAAAACGAUUUUUGUUCUUUACAGUUGUGCGUAUUUUGCAUAAUUUUAGCGCACCCAUUUUGGGUCAAUUUUUUGAGACCGCCCUACGGUUUUUCAUUGUGCCUAUACUGAAGGAAUAUAUCAAGAGAGUCGAAAAGGUUAGGCACAUCACAUUUCCGGGUGAGAAAUGUGGGUCAAUGCGUAGUGCCAAUGAAAAAGAAAUAAUCUGUAAAUUACAGCGCAAUAGAAUGAUCAUGAGUGUACACGCUAAGUUGUUUACCCAAGCGGACACGAAUCAGUUUAGCCGAAGUGAGAAAAGCAAUUCUGUGAGAACUGAUCACAGUUGUGGAAAUAAUUUGUUAAACAUUAACUCGUACUAUAACGCAAAUGGGGGCAUCUCCUCCAUUUGCAAUAAUGUCAAAAUAGGCAACAAUUACGAUUACGUGGGGGAUGCAAACUAUUGGAAGGAUCAAUGUGGCAUGAGUGCCACGAAUAACAAUGCUUAUGUUAAUUUGGUGAGAAAUAACAUCUUCCCGUCGGCCUUUAUUAGAAAUUCACAGAAUUGCACAUUUGUAUAUAAUUUAAAUGACAACAGUUGUUCAGGUAGCGCAAAUAAUGACUACUGUUUGUUCUAUACGUCAAUUCAUGGAGAAAGGAAGAACGUGCAACUUUAUCCUUUUUACAACCACAAUUUGUUCUUCAGUAUAAAUGAAAUAUUCUACUCGUUGAAGGCCCUACUGAGAGGGGGAGCUCAUUCGAAGGAAGUUAUCAUGCACAAGUUAUGCAUUAGCAGAAUGGUUGUAGAUCUGGUGAGAAGGAUAAAAUGCAAGAAAAGUAAAAUGAUAAUUCUAAGCUAUGUAGGAUGGUUUAAUAGAGAGUACGUGAAUUUCCCAUGUGAUGAAAUAAAACAGUUAAGCAUUUGCAACAUUAUCAAUGCGUGUAAAUGUAGCCCUAAUAGCGAUUUGAACGAUUUGACGGCGAUUUAUCCGUUAUUGCUUUCCUGCUAUAAGAAUGAAGAAAAUAAUUUAAUGAAAUUAAAUUUAGAAGAGCUAACAGAAAUAAUAUCCCAGAGGAGAGAACAACGUGAGAAGUAUUCCAGCAAUAGCAAUGUUUUACUUCGCCAAAUGGAAAGAAGUCAUAUGCAUUUCUAUUACUGCAAGGUUUGUAGUGGUAAACGGGUUGUGGAGGAUAAUAGGAAACGAAACUGCGUUUGUUACCCAUAUGGGAAUAGUUCCUUUAGCAAAUUGUACAAGAGCACAAAAAAUAGCAGGGAUUUGUUCUGUACAAAUGGGCAUAUAAAAAGUUUCUACUUAUUCAAGCAUAGGAGGAAUGUCAUUCUGGCACAUUAUAGAAAGGACGAAACUGUGUUUCAUAAAAUGCACAUUUUAAAAGUUGCAUUAGCUCACAAGUACGAUUUUUAUAAUGUGUACCCCUAUGUGGUGGAUUCCAUUUUUAAAAAUUUCAAAAAAAUAACAAAACGGUUAUAUAGUAAUGGGAAGGAGAAAUCCCUUUUGAUUCGCGCAUUAAGUGUUGCACUGACAUUUAUAAAGUUCAAUAUUUUCUGCAAUUCCGUUCAUGAGUUGUUUAGUUUGGUAAAUGAUCAAGUAGUUCUAAAGAAAACGCAUCCCUUAGGAAGGCACUACUUGGGGAAGCAUAACAGGUCGGAGGAGGGGAAUAAACCGGGAGCACCUAAUGGGAAAAAUAUACAAAAUGAAAAAAGUAAUCCUCCUGCAUUACGCGAAUUGCGAUCUAGAAAAAAGGUGCCUAGCGCAGAACAAACCAAGGUUGAUCUGAUGGAGCAGAACGUGAACAUUGGGCAGAAAUUGAAAAACCGAAAGGGAGGACCUACCAUUCAGGGGGAGAGUGCAUGUGUUUCUACAUGCCUAGAGGAGGAGAACAAGCAAACUGGUAAUAAGAACGGUGAUGUACCUCAGCGGGGAAAAUAUAUCCCAAAGAACAAAUCUAACUUAAGAAUGUCCAAGCUGACGGAAACCAUGUUAAAUUAUUAUGUAAAAAUUGAAAAGGAUGAAGAGAAAAGGGACCUGUUCCUCAUCGGCCUUGUUAACGUACUUAAGAAGUACAAUAAGAUAUACGUUCAUCACAGCAUAUUAAACGUACUGACGAAUUUUAUUAUUUCGAGCCUCAUGCAACAUGGGAACGAACUGCACGGAGCCAAAAUGACGAAUAAAAUUUUGAGCAUUCUUGAGAAUAUACUGAGAAUUAAAAAUAAUGUAAAGGUAAAAUAUGUACAUGUGUACAAAACGCUUAUGUGCUUUUAUUCUAUAAAUUGCACUACCAAGGAGUACAUCAGGAGAAGAAAAGGAAAGGGUAGAAAUAACCCCAAUGUGGGGAAUGAUGAAAUGUUACAAAAUUUACUUCACAAUAUUAUUACCAUGGAAAUUCAAGGGAAGAAAAGCAAAAAUGGUCAAGUAGCUGUGCCUAACUUCAGUGGGGUGUGCACUAAUUCCAACGAAGGAGCAGGUGCAAAUGAGCACUGUGUUAGAAGGGAAGAUCAGGUAAGUGCAUUUUCGUGCACAAAUGAAGGGACAUGCAGUUUUACGAAAAAUUCUGAAGGGAAGGAAUCCUUUACUGCAUUAUUAAACAAAGAAAAUUUGCCCAAUGGCAGUUUCGUAAAUCAUACAUGCAAAAUUGAUGAAAGGAAUUCUAUUGAGCAAGAUUGGCAAAAGAAUUAUUUAAGGGAAGGAAACGUAAGCAUUGCCCCAAAUAGCUUCAACGGGAUAGAUAAGGAAGGAAAGGAUAGUGCUGACAACUCCCAAAUGGUUAGCGCUUUGAAGAAUGCUCUACUGAAUAACAUGGCUAUAGCAAAUGGGAAAAAGGUGCAUGUGCAGAAUGGGGACUUUUCCACUGAGGAGAAGCAUGUAGAACACAUUAGCAACGCGUACGAAAUGAUAAAUAAGGGAUAUGGCAUGAUCAUGGUGAAAACCAUUUAUGGGGUUUUAAAAGUGCUUAUGAAAUAUUCGAAUAAGAAAAACGUUUGCAAAAAUUUGCACAUUCUAAGUUGCAUUUUCUCUUUAUUACUCAAUUUUGACAACAAAAAGGUGGAAAGGGCCGCUUUAUUAUUAAUAAACCACAUCGUAAUAAAGCACAAUUUGUUCAUUGACAAUUUUGCCACCAUAAUGGGGAGAAUUAACCCCCAGAGGAGGGAAAAUGGCGAUCUGGAUAAACCCAGCCAAACAGGUGUUAAUCAUGAUGUAAACGACACGAAGAAAGAGCCAUGUUUCAUGUUUAAUAAGGAAUUUGAAAGGGAAGAAAAUGUCGCCAAUAAAAUUGAAUUUUUGCAUGAAAUGUUAAUUCAUAUAUGCCUUAGGGGCAUGAACGUCUAUAGGAAGAACAACAGGGCGUACUAUAUGGAUAAAACGCUUUACGUAGAGGGAAAAUUAGAAACCAGCCUGAAUAUAUUUACCUUCUUCUGUCAGAUUUAUGAUAGAAAUGGAGGGAAUCAGUAUGCACAGUUGGUUAGGUUUCUCAUUUUGGAAUACCUAAAAAGGUUGAGAUGCAUAGCUUGCUACUGUUUGAAGAAGAGGGGAAGAAUGGCUACCCUGAAACGGCUGCUUUUUUUAAUAAACACGAAGUUGCAUUUAGUAGAUAAGAAGGAUGCUAUACACUGCUUGGAAACCAUGCAGGAGUUACUUUUGUUGGAGUGCAAAAAUGACUCCAAUUUUCAUUUGUUCAUUUUGAAUAUGUGUGAGUAUCAUUUAGCGGAUAUGCACAAGCGUUCGGAAGAACCGAUGAAAGGUUUUUCCGCAGACGAGAUGUCCGAUCGUUCUACUUGCGCUUCAUCCGUGGGGGAAGAAGAGAAGGAACACGAAAUUACGAAAAAGGCGCAAGUGAAAGAAAUAAUAAACGAACUGAGUGACAAAAAAAUGAACAAUUUUCAGAUCAGCCACUACAUCAAGUAUAUAAAUAACUUGAACAAUGAGGCAGGCACAUGUAAUUAUGUGCACAAUUAUAGAAUAGCCAGGAGGUACUUUCUCUCCAAGGAUAGGAUAAUAUAUGAAAGGAGAAGAAAAAACUACUUGAGGAGAAGAAUAUGUCGUGCGAAAAUGAACCAUAAGGAAAUGACGAAAGAUUUGUAUGCACGUCUGUUCUGUAAAGGUGACCGUAACAACUGCACGGGGGUCACCCAUAUGAAGAGAAAUGUGCAGGUAAAGGAUGUUCAAGGGAGGGGUAAAAAUUGUGCAAAAAAUGGUGCAAAAAGUGCCCAAACGAAUGGUAAAAAGAAUUAUGACAGAAGGACAUUUGGGAAGGAAGUUGUAAGCCCGCAUAUUAAACGAAUUAAUAAAUUGAGGAAGGAAAAGAGGAGAAAACGAUUUUACAAAAGAUUGAAAUGCUAUGAUGAUAUUUUUGAGGGGUACACCAUUGAGGAAAAUCUAUGCAAUGAUUUAUUUUUGUGCAAAAAGAGGAAAAAGCUGAAAGUUUUUUGGUCGUUCAGGAAAAAUGAAAACGUAGGAAUAUGCCUAUCAUCAGAAGAGAAGGCACAUUUAAUUAGAAACUUAAUCCUCUUUGAUUAUUCGGAUGACUACCAUUGUUAUGUAAAAUAUUACGACAUAUUAUUGUACUUUAUUAAAAGUGAAAAGGAGAAAUAUUCUGAGGGGUACCACAUUAUCGAUUUGAAAAAUAUGUUUUUAGGGCACCUACUGCCAAACAUUUUAAGGGGGACGUUUUCAUUUAUUCCCAAGGUUAGAUGUACCUGUACGAACCUUUUUCAGAAAUAUUUUCUCUCCAACGAUCUGUUUGAAUCCAUUUGUUUUUUAUUUAAGAACGACUAUUUUAAGCAUAUCAUUGAUAAGUAUUUUGUGUGCUUAUUUUUAAAUGUGUUGUUUUCGUACUUUAAGCAUAACGUGGAUACGUACGUGUAUUUGAAGAAGCGAACGCAGGGGUUGGUGCCCUUUUUGUGCAAGGGCAAGUGCACCAAGGGGGAAUCGAUUACUAAGGGAGCGCUUAGUGUAAAUGCUGCGAGGCAGACUUGUUCUGAGAAAAUGAAAAAAGGAAAAAAAAAUUCCAAAGCAAGGGAGGCCUGUAAAACCAUCGAUAUAGAAUCUUACAACAGCGAUUUCGUCACAUGGAAGCGCUAUUUAACUAAGUACUGCUACGAACAGCAAUGUUUUGUGAACAAGUGCCAAGAAAAGUAUAUCAAAGCGAAAUAUUUAUUUAAUCCAAUCCUAAGUUUGGUAAAUAUUUAUAAGGCAUACUGUAGAUCCGUGUGGAUAGAUCUGUUUUCGCAAUUGUUCAACCUUUUCAGCAGUGAACAAAUUAAUAAAUUAAAUUUUUGCCUCGUUCACUUUUUGUACAAUUAUAUCAGCUUCAUUGAAGCAUCUUCUAAUAAUUAUACGAUGUGCAUGUCAAGAGGGGGAAAUGACAAAGGCGCAUCUACUUUUAAUAUAAGUUGGAGGAAAAACAAACUUUUUCAAAAUAAUGUGUAUGGAAAUGACUAUAACGUGAACGUGCUGGAAACUACCCUAACGUGCAUUUUUAAGACCCGCAUUAUGCUGUACGUUCCUACGGAAAUAAUUUUAUACUGCGCGAAGAACUUUUGCACAUAUGAAAUUUCCAAGUGUAUGCUGCAAAUGUUGUUGUUUUAUAAUUUGAGGAAAAUGAAAAAGUUGAAUAAGCAGGGAGAAGUAGAAAAUGUGGCCCCGAUUGAGGACACGAACGAUAGGCAGGUAACAGGUGCGAAUAAAAUCGCCACUCAGAAAACAAGUAAGAGUAAAAAUAAGAAGCAAAGCGAAAGUGCAAUUAUUAAUAACGCCAUAGUUCCAAAUGAACAAUCGCAGAACAGAUUGGUCAUCGCCUCUAAGGACGACCCCUUUUUAUCAAUGAAAAAAAACUACAACAGUUAUAAGCAAAUAAUAAACUGUUUAAUAGAAAUAAAUAGUGACUUAAAUGAGCGUGACAAUGUGUACGCUUUGAGGACAUAUUAUGUGAGGAACAUUGAAUUAUCCAAGUCUCUCUUUUUUAACCAUUACAAUUUGUACUACAAAAAUGAAUAUUCCUAUUUGAAGCAUUUUAUGAGUUAUGAAAAUCUGAACCUAACAAAAGAAGAAUUAGAUAUCAACAGGGUGAGUUGGAUCGACAGUUUGAAGUAUUUUAGUAAAGUAUCUUGUAUAGAGAGUUACAUGAAGUUAAUGCAGGUGAAGGAGCGAAUGAAAAAGAAUGUGAAUUCGAAGUCAUCCAAAAUUGGCACCUGCGUGUUCUUAUCAGAGGGAAGAAAAGACGAUUCAAUUGCACUCAGUUGCAACUACGAAACGGUGAGGAGUAACUAUCUAACAAAUUUGAAUAAUGUGUACUGCAUAAUAGAGGAAAAUUUGAAAUGUAUCCAAGUGCAGGAUAAUAUGGCAAGGAGCAACGCGGAAAUCAGCACUGAAGUUAAAGGUGCUGAGGUGAACCCAGUGUGCACAUCGGGAGAAGCCCUACAGGGAGAACCUAAAAAGGGCAUAGUUGGGGGAAGUACCAAAGGUUGCAUUAACGGCGGUGUACCGGUUGUAACUACGAAGAACGAUAUGGAACCUUUGAAAAAAAACAGUGCCAAUGCGAGAAGAUCGGGAAGAAGCAGAAACAACAAAUUAUUUGGCUUAAUGUUUAACAAAUCGAAGGACGGAAAAAUACAAACAACCAUUUAUGAUUACUUUAAGAGUACUAAGAAAACGUUAUCGGAGAACCAACAGGGCGAAACGCACACUGAAGGGUGUAACAAGGAGGAAGAUAAUGCCGCUAAGCAGACGAGUGAAAAAUGCCCAACUGCUGGCGUAGGUACCGUGAACGAUGGCAAUAGCAAAACUAUUAAUAGGGGCGACAUAACAAGUGAUACCAAACUGAAUAGCAUUACCAGUGGGGGUAACAAGUGUAGCGAGGCCAUCGAUCCGAAUGACGCCCACAGGAGUAGUGGGAAUAUCCUAAAUGAUAAAUGCAUUGCUGGUUACAGCGAAGGGAACGGUAACAUUGCCGAUUUGUUGAACGGUUUAGGCGGUUGCGGGGAGGGGGACGACAUGAAAAGCAUCGUAUACUCCUACUUGGAAAAAAUAAUUUACAAGUUACAGGAAAAUAGUGACACAAUUGUUGAGAGCAUGCAGGGGAACGAGAACAUCGAAAUGGAGGAGGUCCCCGUUGGAACGAACGUCGAAGGGAAUGUAGAAAAUAAUGUAGAAAAGAACGUUGAAGGGAGCGCUGCUACAGGGGCGAAUCCACUCGGAAAGGUUAUGUGGGAACGAGGAAACGCAUUCAGUGAGGGUAAACAUUUAGUAGGCAACGUGAAUGAGCAAAGUAGUGCAUUCCUUAUGAAAAAGUUCAAAUUCGAUUUGAAGAGCAAACACAUAAAAACGGUUAAAGAAAACAUAGACAAUGGAAUGAAUCUGCUAAUUAACAAAGUGAGGCAAAUGUGCAAUUAUAAAAACAACAAUUUGAGCCUUUUAUUUGCACACGCAGAAAUGUUUGAACAUGCGCAAAUGAGCAUAGAAAUAAUAAGGGAGAACUCGCUAAGGAAGAAACAAGCUCAGAAGGAAGAAAUUGAAUUGCAGUUAAUAUGCCUAUUACAUAAUUUGUUUAUCAUGUGCAACAAGGAAAGUACUGCUUACGUUUAUGAUGAUAUCCACAAUAUGAAAUAUUCCUACCAGUGGAAGUUACUCUUUUUAAAAAUUUGUAAAAUUUUUAUGGACAAAUGUGGUUUGUUAUCCUUUUCGAAGGAAAAUUGCACCGAAAAUUUGAGUGACAAAUAUAAGAACUAUCACUUAUUAAAUAUGAUGAAGAGGAUGAGAGAAAUGAAUAAUAUGUCGUACAAUUAUUUUGACAAGCUUUAUGAGAAUUUUGUACAAAAUGGAAGUUACAGAAAUAGCAUCAGCUGUAGUAGUAGUGGAAAUAGCAUUAGCAACCCUGGUAGUAACAGCGGAGGUAGAGUGAUGGAUGCCAGAUGCAUCUACAUGUAUAACAUGGAAAUUAUUAAAAUGAAUUUGAAAAAAUUAAUCAACAGUAAUAUCUCAAAUAAUGGAUAUAAUAUUGCACACAACAUGUUGGAAAAGUACAGCAGUACCGCUUGUGAUGAAGCAGAAUUUUCCAAAAAGAAAAACUAUAAGAAGGAGAAGAAACCAAACAUCGCCCAUGAAGACAAUUAUCUAUACAUUCGAAAUAUGGAAUACGAACAUUUCAACAUAUGUAUUAAUUUGCGAAAAUUGGGGAAGAAUGCAUUUCUUCAGAAAGUUGUAAAAAAGCUAAAGUGCUACAUUAACUCACUUAAUCUUAUUAACACAUUUGAUUUUGACUCCCUUCCAAUGGUCAGCUAUGAGAAAUUUCGCAGCGAAUUUUUCUACAUGAAGGGGAAGAUUCUGUGUAACUUGAAUAAAAUUAUUUUAUUUUUGUAUAGAAAUAAUUUUAUUGAGAAGAAUUCAAAACUGAACUGUGACAGAUGUAGGUACAUGUGCCAGGAUAUCACAAGGGAGGAUGAAACGGCCUUUACGCAGAUCAGUACUGACAUUGUUUCCCAUUCAGUGAUGACACCUCAGAGGACGGAGGAAGAAAAGAGUGUGAACAUUCCCAGCGCAGUUGUUAGUAACAAUGAUGGCUGCAACCCGAGUGAAAAAAUGAAUAACAAAAGAAACAAGAGGAGAAAAAAAGGCACCAAUGCUCCCAACGAAACGCCAAACCGUUUGGAAGGAGAAAUAUUCCACAGUAACAUUGCUGAGGAAAAGAAGGAAGAACUUGUCGACGAUAAAACUUCGAAAAGGAAGAAAAGAAGUAAAGUCACCAAAGCAGUUAGCGAAACUGCAGAAGAUAGUGUGAAGAAGAGUGUACAAACGAAUGGAGAAAGUCCCCUGCAUGAGAAGGAGAUGGAUAGCCAGAUCGAAGUAAGCGAUUGCAAAGAAUCCAAUAAGGAAGAGAAAAAAAUAGCAAAAAGGGGAGAUAAAAAAAGGCAACAGACGAAAAACAACGGGGAAUACACCUGCAAAUGUGACCAUAAGAAGUGCAACCUAUUUGAUGGAAAUUUAAUUGAGGAGUGCUUUCUCUCCUCCCUGAAGAUAUACCCACUGGAAAAUAAUUCUUGGGCACUGUGGGCAGAUUACUGUAAGAAAGCCUAUAAGGAGAACAAAAACGUAUCAUUCUGCUUAAGUUCCAUAAUUUCCUAUUUGAUAUAUUCCAGCUUGAAUACACACGAGGGGUACUACUACUUAAGCAACGUCCUCUAUUUGCUUAGCACCGAUAUGAGGGAUAAUUGCGUUAUGCAAGUUUUUAACAAAUACAAUGAUAAUAUAUGUCCCAAUCUUUGGCUGUUCUAUCUGCCCUUCCUUUUGAACAAUAUAAAUGUUAACAAGGACAAUUAUUUGUACUUUCACAAAAUUUUACAUGUGCUUAUAAGGAAGUUCCCCCAAGAUGUGUUUUACCAUUUUAGAGCGCUGCAAAUUGAGAGAAAUGGUAAGCUCUACUAUCUGCAGGAUGGUAGGAAUAAGAAAAAAGGCAUGGACGAAAAAUCCUCUUUAAUGAAAAAUAACGUAAAUAUGGUGAAAAAUCCCAAUCUGGGAUUGAACAAUAAGAAAAAAUUCCAAAUGGAGGAUGGAACAUUUUUCCAUGAUGACCACAACUUAAAAGGGUAUAGUUUGAAGGGUGGCAGUGUCCCAUCCGUGAGAGGUAACGUAACUGGUGAGAAUGGAAGGGGUAACGUGUGCAUAUUGGGUGGAGAUGACAACGUGAAUGAUAACCCAAGUGGGAACAGAAAUACCAAGCGAAGUAACGCACGUAGUGGACGGAGAGCGACCCCCAAAGUGAGGAUGCGGGUGAACCGUAAAACCGAAAAGGAGAGCAACAAGAGCACCGUCAAGGAAGCCAAUCGAAGGGACGAAAAGAAAGCUGCCCCUACUGCCGCAAAUUCUGCCAUCCCGGAAAAGCAAGAAGGGUACGAGUAUGCGGACCUAUUUAAGGACGGCUUUGACCAGUUGAUGAACGUUUUUAAGAGCAAACAUGUGGAUUUAUAUUCGUCCCUGAAUUCUAUGUGUAAUGGAAUUUUAAAUUACACCCGAUUGGAACCACUUGAAGAGACCUAUUACAUGGUGGGGAAAUUACUAGAUCAAUGCAUGGAAUUCCCCUACUCACGAACACAUGUAUCGACAUUUAUUCAAAAGAUGACAGAAAAGUAUAUUUUGUACAAGCGGUAUAAAGCCAAAGUGAAGAAAAAUUACACAAAUAGGCGAAGGAGCAAAAUAGCUAUUAACAAUAUGAACCUCUUUUGGAAGGAAUUUAAAAAGGAUGUAAAAUUGUUAAAGAGAAAUGUGCGUAUUAGGGGGGGAAGCAUUAACAACGUAGUGGUUAAUGAGAAGGGGAACAACAAAUCGAAUAUAACAAACAGCAACACAGGAGAAGAAAACAAAGCCGACGUGGUAACACCCCAUGGGGAUGAAAUAAGUAAGAAAGAUCGAAAGGAUAACUACUUCACCUUGGAAGAAUUUCCCCAAAUUGCAAAAAAAUGGAAGGACAUGCUAUUUGUAAUUAUUCAUUCGUUAAAUGAAAAUGAAGGGUUGGAUAAUUUUUCCCAUUCCCUGUUUGAUAUGUUUUCGGAUUUCCCCCUAAAAAUAGAAUUGCCAAGUUGUAGGGUAAAAUACAUAGGGGAGCAUUUAAACUACCUAUACGAUUUGAAUUUAUAUUCCCCUACGAGCAUUGUAAGGAUGAACAAGCCUAUAAUGCGAACAGUUCUAAGUGACCACUGCAUGAAGAGGAUUAGCUUCUUAACAAGCGAUGGAAAUAUUCAGCAUUACACCGUACAACCUUGUAAUUCUAUUCGCAGCAAGUCGGAACAUAAGUUUACGCUGUUUCAAAUUUUGGUUAAUAACACCAUGUUUAAGUUUUCCCAUACGAAGAAAAGGGGUCUCUCCUUUGGAAUAAAUAUACAUACUCCACUGCACCCAAGUUUUAGAUUAAAGGAUGAAACGUUUGAGGACAUUUCGCUGAAGGAGUUGUAUAAUAAUUACAUGCUGGUUACGAAAAAUGAAAAGUAUUCCCUAGAUAAUGUAUUACUACUUCAUAGAAAUCUUAUCAAAAAUUCAAUACGCACAUUUUUGCUGAACAAAAUCGAAUGUGUGGUGAAAGAACAGGACAUAGCGAUGACGGAAGGAAGCAAAAAGAAAAACAGUCUUCCCGAUAAAAGGAACGAUAAGAAGGGAGCCGUUCUUGUGAAUAAAGCCAAUAGUGAAGAAAUUCCCAAAGAAAAAGGCUCAGUAAGUAUCGUAAAAAAUACCGUCCUUAAAAAGAACAGUAGUGAUAUUUUCGUGAAUGCAAAAGAAAGUGGUAAUAACUCCAAUCACUGUAACGCUGUUAAAAAUGUCGAAGGAAUGCCCUACAAAGAACAGAUGGAUUAUUACAAUUCGCUGUCGUAUGAAGAACUAAUCCAGACCUUUAGAAGCGAGGAAUGGUUUAGGAAAUCCUUCAAAAAAUGCGUGAGGAAAAUUGUAAAAUUACACUUUAAGGAUAUCCGUAAAAUGGUUCCAAAAAGUAUAUUGAAGAAUUACUUCUACUCUCUGCACAACAAUUUAGAAAGUUACUACGUUAUGAAUAGCCAAUUUGUUAAAAGUUACUCCCUAACAUGUAUGUUAAAUUACGUUUUUUUUCAACAAAAUUCCUCGCUGAAUACGAUUAUGUUGUCCAAGCGAUCGGGAAGAACUAUGUAUUUGGAAGGGAGACCCUCCUAUAUGAAUUUGUGCAAAUAUUAUCCUAACAAAAAGGAGACGAAGAAGAGGGGGGUACCCUUCAGACUUACCCGGAACAUUCAGCAAUUUAUUGGGUUCCAAGGGUUAAGGGGUGCCUUCCCAUCCAAUUUUUACGUAUCAAUAAUGGCUCUAAAAAAAAACAUGAACUAUGUAAGAGACUUUUUAAACCUAACCACUUUGGAUGAUUUUUAUUCUCUAUAUGUGUAUGGGGAAAACAGAAAAAUUCUGCAAAAGAAAGGGAAGGGUUUAAAUGGUGAGGAGGUUAAGCAAGCUUACGUGAAAUCCUUCAAUGUAGACGAUGUGACAACAAAAAUGAUCAUAAAGGAUGCAGAAGAACAUGUAAGGAAUGCAUGCUACCGAGUUCGCUGCUUAUAUAAAAACAUAUUAGAAAGGAAGAAGAACGUUUCUCUGUCAAACGGGGAUGAAUGUAAGAAAGAGAUCGAUGUGCUCAAAACAUAUGAGUACAACUCAGAUUUGCAGGAUAUCUCCUUAUCUGAAUUGUCCUCGGAGGACGAACUUGAGCAUGCGAACAAUAAUGAGGAUAAGAAUGCACAAAAUGCGAAAAGAACUAAUGCAAAUUCGAAAAGGAAAAGAAGCGAAACGCCGUCCAAGUUGCUCAAGGUGGAGGGUAAUACCAAAGUAUCUAAGAGUAGGAGAAGUCCUGUGAAAAAGGAAGCAACACAGGGGGACAAAAAUGUGUGCGAUAAGGCAGAUCCCUUACUCAAUGAAGUGAACAUCGCAAAUGAGAAGUCACCCAAUAAGGAGAACAGUGCGAUGGUGGAGGAGGCAACUGGCGAGACGAAGCAUAGUGAGGAAAAUGAAAAGAAUGGCAAUAAGGAGAGUAAUGUAAUGAAUGUAAGUAAUGUAAAUAACACUACUAAUACGAACAACGCCACUACCCCUAGCAAUGACAACAGUAAUAAGAAAAGGCGAAGGAGCAAGAAGAAGCCAAGUGGGGACCAAAAGGAAGAACAAACAGACGCAAACCAAGCACAACCACCUAUAGAGCAGAAACCCAUGGAAGAUAACGCUACGAAUAAACAGAGCAAGAAAAAUAGAACGGAUACUUCCAAAUGUAGGAAUAACAAGGCACAAAAGGAAGAGCAGGAAAAUGUUACGAAAAAUGGACCCCCCGAUAAUGGGCAAGACCAAAAUGCGGAGUUAAAAUGUACUGCAAACAAUUUGCAAAAGGAACAAAGUGCAAAGAUUAGGAAAAACGGGGAUACAUACAUGGAUGAAUCGUACAAUUCUGUGAUAGAUCUAAUGGAAAUAUCUAUGAGUAAGAAGUAUUUACGAACCGCCAAUGGCCCCUGGUUCCCGUGGUUCUAA